AUGAGUGCAGAACAAGACCCCCUACUGAGUGCCAUUGAGGGAAACGCUGGUGAAGGUGGAAAUCAAGAAAACAGUGCCAACAAUGCGAACAACGAUAAUGCCAGCACAGAUCCACAGCAACAGGCGCUGGAUAUAGCGCAGGAAGCACGCCAGCGCGCUUUGUCCAGUUUCCGUAAGAAAAUCGCAGAACACAGACGCUACGAGGAUCAAUUGAAGAGCAAACGUCAGGGGAUCCGCGAUAUGGAGAAGGAAUACGAGCGCACCGAAGCAGACAUUAGGGCGCUACAAAGUAUCGGCCAACUGGUCGGUGAAGUGAUGAAAGAACUCUCGGAGGAAAAAUACAUUGUCAAAGCUUCUUCAGGACCCCGUUAUAUCGUUGGUGUGCGUAACAGUGUGGACCGUCAAAAACUGAAAAAGGGUGUGCGUGUGACCCUGGACAUCACAACUCUCACAAUUAUGCGGGUUUUGCCUCGUGAGACAGACCCGCUCGUGUACAAUAUGACCUCUUUCGAGCCAGGCGAAAUCACAUUCGAAGGUAUCGGUGGUUUGACAGAACAAAUUCGCGAACUUCGUGAGGUUAUAGAAUUGCCUUUGAAAAACCCAGAGAUCUUCCAAAGGGUGGGCAUCAAAUCUCCAAAGGGUGUUUUGCUGUAUGGGCCACCUGGUACUGGUAAGACCUUGCUAGCAAAAGCAGUUGCAGCCACUAUUGGUGCCAAUUUCAUCUUCUCACCUGCGUCAGGAAUCGUUGACAAGUAUAUCGGUGAAUCGGCACGUAUCAUCCGUGAAAUGUUCGCAUAUGCCAAGGAACACGAACCCUGUAUCAUUUUCAUGGACGAGAUCGAUGCUAUUGGUGGACGUAGAUUCAGCGAGGGUACCUCAGCGGACCGUGAGAUCCAGCGUACGCUUAUGGAAUUGCUCACUCAGAUGGAUGGGUUUGACAAUUUGGGACAGACAAAAGUUAUCAUGGCCACCAACAGACCGGACACACUCGACCCUGCUCUACUGAGACCCGGGAGAUUGGAUCGUAAAAUCGAGAUCAAUUUACCUAAUGAGGCCGGAAGACUCGAGAUUUUCAAGAUUCAUAGUGCUCCUGUCAAAAAGGCAGGCGAGUUCGAUUUUGAAGCUGCAGUGAAGAUGAGCGAUGGUUUCAACGGUGCUGAUAUCCGUAACUGUAUCACAGAGGCCGGAUUUUUUGCCAUUCGCGAUGACCGUGAGUACAUUAUUCAAGACGACUUGAUGAAAGCGGUGAGAAAGGUUGCUGAAGUUAAGAAGCUUGAAGGCAAGAUCGAAUAUCAAAAGCUAUAA